AUGGCGAUGGAAUUCGUCAUUGAAGACAAUAUGGAAGUUGCGGAGCUCCCUGAAGGAUUAUUCGGAGCUCUUUCCUUCCAGGGGAUACAUAUAUGGAAUACUGCAGUGAAGAAGGUUCAUCCAACAGCUAUGCUCCCUUUGAAACAGUUCCUUACGUAUCUCGCUAUUCUCGAUAGUCGUCUGGAGAACUUUCCUUUCAAUAUGCUUCAUCAAUUCCAACAUCUGAGAGAACUCUGGCUCUAUAACAAUUUGUUGACCUUUGUCCCAGCCUUCAAAAGCGACAGCCUAGAAAUACUCAGUCUUAGAGCCAAUAAGAUCACGAGUGUGGAGUUCGACGGAUGGGCGACUCCCAAGUUGAGGGAAUUCGGCAUUGCAAGAAAUCCCUUGUCGAGGCUACCUUCUGCAGCAAUCAAGAGCAUGAAGAAUCUCGAGAAAUUCUAUUCUUCGGAGUGCAAUCUAGGUCCAACCCUUUCAAGAGGUGUCCUGGAAUUCCAGAGCAAGGCCUUGCAAUUGAUAACACUCUGGAAAAAUGAUAUCUCCGAACUGGAUCAAGGAGCCAUCACAGGUCUGGGACCUAAUACUACGGUUCGGCUGACUAACAACAAAAUUGCUGUUUUGUCUGAGGAGAGCUUCCGCCCAAUGUUGGACAUCCUCUCGAAGGGGGAUGGAGUCCUCCAUCUGGACGAAAGCGAGAUAGAUAACGCGGACCCGUGCUUACCGAAUCCUUGCGGGGCGCACGCGAACUGUCAGGCCAGCGGUGGCCAUCCCAUGUGCUCGUGCAUCUACUACGGGGAUCCCGAGACGGGCUGCAUCGAGGGUGAAUGCGUUGAGACUCACGACUGCAGCGACGAUCGAGUGUGCAAUGAUUUCUACUGCACGGAUCCGUGUCCUGGGACGUGCGGGACGGGUGCCCAGUGCAUCGUCCGGAGACACGUCCCCUCCUGCACCUGCCCCGCCGGCCACACCGGUGAUCCCUUCGAGCGGUGUCGACGACUCGACCCUGGUAACGUUUCCCCGCAUGCGUCCGUUUCUUCCGUCCGUCCGUUUGCGAGACCGGUUUCGUUCAUGAAUCUUCAGAGGACCCGUGCGAUCCGUCGCCCUGCGGAAAAAAUUCCAAGUGCGAGGUUGCAUCCCAUCUGGCUGUCUGCUCCUGCCUUCCCAAUUUCUUCGGCAACCCCUACCAAGGGUGCAGGUGAGCCCUUUUGCCGUCUUCGGAAGGGGAAUCGAAGACCGUCGGCGACGCUCGAUCCGGUGAGACCCGCAACCCGCGUCAUCAGUUCCCGUCGCAACGGGAAGAUCCACCCCUUUUAUUUCUUCCGACGCUUCCGAAAAGCGGAGUGCGAAACGGAUUCCGCCUGUGCACAGACACAAGAGUGUCGGCAGUACAAGUGCAUGAACCCUUGCACGGAUGCGUGCGGGGAGAACGCGGAGUGCCGUGUGGAACAUCACCGGGCCAUCUGCUCCUGCCCCAAAGAUUUCCUGGGAGACCCUCGAACCCACUGCUACGCGGAAUGUACGGUACACGAGGAUUGCGCCUACCACAAGGCGUGCGUCCACUUUAGAUGCAAGGACCCGUGCGUGGGGGCGUGCGGGAUGAACGCAGAAUGCCGCGUGGAGAACCACAAGGCCAUCUGUUCCUGCCCGGAAGGUUCCACGGGACAUCCCUCCCAUCACUGCAAGCCCUUAAAUCCAGGUCUCUUCCUAUAUUUUUCCUUCUUCCCUCCCCUCCUGUUGAGUAUGAUCGGCGGUCGGAAAGUCACACGCAAGAGUGAGGAAAGGCGUUUCUGCGGUUCUCGGUUCAAGACCGUCACGGGGCAUCCGGGACGGGGAUAA